AGUGGACUGCUCAGCGGAGGACAUGGUGAAAGAUUUGGUGCAAGAAUCAUGGCUGGAGGGUGCUCUGGAAGGGAUUAUGACUACCUCCAGAAGACUGAGAAGGCCACCAUGCAAAACCUGAAUGACCGUCUGGCAUCCUACCUAGAUAAAGUGCACUCUCUGGAGGCUGCCAAUGCCACACUGGAGAGGCAAAUCCGGGAGCACUAUGAGAAGAAGGGGCCGAUCUGCCAGAGAGACUACAGUUGCUACUUGAACACCAUUGAUUGCCUUCAGGAAAAGAUUAAAGAUGCUACUAUCAACAACGGCAAAAUCCUCCUGCGUAUUGACAACUCUAAAUUGGCUGCUGAAGACUUCAGGAUAAAGUAUGAGAAUGAGUUGUCGAUACGGCAGUGUGUGAAGGCUGACGUCGAUAACCUGCGUCGCAUACUUGAUAAGACAUGCCUGGCUAAGGCCGACUUGGAGAUGCAGAUCUGCGCUCUGCAGGAGGAGCUGGUAUAUUUGAAGAAAAAUCACCAGGAGGAAGUGGCAGCACUAAUGUGUCAGCUGACAAAUGCAAAAGUGUGUGUGGAAGUGGAUGCUGCUCCUCAGCAAGACCUAAAAAAAGUUUUGGAUGACAUCCGUUGUCAUUAUGAGACCAUCAUAAACAAACACUGCAGAGAACAGGAGUGCUGGUUCAAAGAGAAGACGGCAGAUCUGUGUAAAGAUGCUUCCACCAGCACAGAGUGCCUAGAAACCUCCAUAUCACACAUCUCAGAAUUGCGACGUAAUUUGCAGAACUUGGAGAUCGAGCUACAGUCUCAAAUCAGCAUGAAAGGAGCACUGGAGUGCUCACUGUUGGAUACAGAGGCUAUGUACAGCGCUAAGCUAGCACGCUACCAGAAAUACAUCGACACAUUCGAGGCAGAGCUUUGUCAGGUGCGCUCUGGCAUUGAGCAGCAGGGCAGAGACUAUGAUGCACUGCUGGACAUCAAGAGCCGUCUGGAGCAGGAGAUCGCCACUUACAGGUGCCUCCUGGAAAAUCAGGGCAGUAGAGGUCGCUGUGAGCGCACUAGAUUCAGUAGCAGCGCUGAUUCUCGCAGCUCUCGCCGGGUGCAGUGGCGCGCGCCUGUAAUCCAAGCUACUGGGAGGCUGAGGCUGGAGGAUCGCUUGAGCUCAGGGGUUCUGGGCUGCAGUGGACUAUGUCGAUCGGGUGUCCGCACUAAGUUCGGUAUCGAUAUGGUGCUCCUGGGGGAGCCCGGGACUACCAGGUCGUCUAAGGAGGGGUGA